AUGGAUGGAAAUCGGCGGUAUGCACGGGAGGUGAAUUUACCAAUUGGCAUUGCCUACGUUGAAGGUUUUAACGUAAUGCAGCGUGUCCUGCGGUGGCUCUACCUCCUUGGAGUGUCCGAAGUAACCGUUUUUGCCUUCAGUAUGGAUAACUUUAGACGAUCACAAUCUGAAAUUUCAAUCCUCAAAUCAGUCACGUUGAAUUCUUUCAAACAUAUGGCGCACUAUGCGAAUGUCUACAAGGAGGCCAAUGUUCGCUUCCAGGUCAUUGGACGGUACAAGAUGUUUCCGGAAGAAGUUAAAGAAAUUGUUCGUGUUGCAGAAACAGAAACUAAAGAUUUAAAUGGAAUGAUUUUUAAUUUUUUUGCCGCAUACUCAUCUCACGAUGAUAUUGUCGGUAGCAUAAAGGAUGUGUGCAAAAAGGUUGUGAACAAUGAGAUGCAUCCGCAUGAUGUGAAUGAGGAGGAAGUUGAGAGGAAUCUUCAGACAAAUCGAUGUAGUAAACCGGAUUUACUUAUAAGGACAUCCGGGGAAACAAGACUCAGCAAUUUUCUUCUCUGGGAGCUUCUGCUGUGA